AGAAUAUGUGAGUCAUAACUAAACAUGUAAACAAAACAAAAUAUAAGCUGGCGUGCACAGGAUUGUGCCGGUAAUCAGUCACAACUAUCCGACAUGGAUUUGUCGACUCUCCUUCUCGACCUGAGCGAUGGGAUGCUGAUACAGCCGACACUAGACAGUCGGAAAAGCGUUGUCAUUGAUCUGGGGACGAGACACACGAAAGCUGGUUUUGCAGGCGAGCAGGCUCCCUGUGCCGUUUUCCCUACCGCGGAAGCGCAGUGGCAUUCACAACAGGUCCAAGAGGGGUACGAGUCUACUUAUCCAGAUGCGACGGAAACUGUGUUGAAUUAUGUUUUUAAAAACAAAUUAGGUAUCGAUUCCAAGGAUCACUCGGUAUUGCUAGGACGAUCUCUUCCUUAUGUGCAACAGAAUCAGGAGAAACUGGUGGAACUUUUAUUUGAGAAAUUCCAAGUACAUAGCGCUUUGCUGCCAUUAAACAAUGUGUUGUCCCUAUACUCGUCUGGUCAUUUGACUGGCCUUGUGAUGGAGUUAGGCGCAGGAACCAGUUACUGCGUACCUAUAUGUGACGGAUUUCCGAUCAAAGGUUUCAUCAUGUCUUCGGAAGUAACCGGAAAUAAACUUACUGAAUUUUUCAUGAAUCUUCUUUCAAAUCGAGAUCAUUCUUUCACGCCUAUUACAACAGAUCCCGUGCUUGCGGAAACCCUGAAGGAAACUGUGUGUUCUGUAGCACCUAACUUGUUUACAGCCUUGUCAGACUCACCGGAAGUAGUAUAUACACUUCCGGACGGAACCGAACUAAGAAUCGGUAGAGAGAGGUACCAAUGCCCGGAAGCAUUGUUUAGUCCAAAUCUCAUCCCGUGUGUAACGAGAAGUAUUCCAACAGUAAUUAGUGAUUGUAUUAAAAAGUUGGAUACAUUUCGAGGCAAAUCGUGCACGACAAGUUUGGUCUCUAAUAUAUUUCUGUCUGGCGGAGGUUCAAAACUCACCAACAUUCGUGAAAGGGUCAAAGCUGAAGUUGACAAAUGUCUAGAUGAAUUCUACGCAUCUCGGUCUAAAGUGAGUUUGUGUCCGUCGGGGUAUUCCUCCUGGCUCGGGGGAUCCGUUUUGUGUUGCCAUAGUAACUACAACGAAGUAGCAAUAUCGGCUGAAGAGUACCAUGAACACGGAGUAAAUAUUACCAGCCUUAAAAAUUUCUUUUAGAUCUAGAAGGUUCCGACAUCCGAUUUUAUACAGUAUGCACGAUUACAAAAUGUUAGUAAGGAAAUGGCACGAGGUCUCGGCCAACCAACGGACAGUAUAAUAUGGACCUCGUGGUGUAGAAAGUAUGGUAUUGAGAGUAUUGUGUUGAGAGUUUGGUGUUCAGAGUAUUGUAAGUAUAUUCCUCUAUAUAUACACGUGAUGGAUCGGAGGGUUGGUAGUUUGUCAAAGUGUUGUCAAAUGACCUGUCAAUUUUCACCUUCAAAAAACGUUUCGCAUUUUUUUUUUUUUUUUUUUGAGAAUUACGGAGCCAUCAAGCAAUUCAUGAAAGCAUAAUAAAUGACAUAUUCUGGAGACAAAGUUUAUAAUUGAGACGAUUUCGUCAAUCUUUUUUACCUGCGAGGUUCGGUAUAAUUUUGUACACGAUUUUAUUGUAAGACUUUGUUUACUUCAGGUUAGAAUUCAUUUUCCUUUAACCAUUAGAGAAGGAUAUAUUUUAUAGUGCAUUACUAAACAAAGUGACGAGGUCGUUGUCAUUGAAAUAUGAAUGAAGCUUCCGUCAAUUCUUUAAAACAUAUUUAAUAUGAAUAUAUAAUUCCUUAAUGUAACAUACACUAAGGGGGAUCGCGUGAUCUGCAUAAGAUCGAGAGCACAAAUUUCAAAAUGGCGAUACCACUAGCUACAGGGCUACUUAAGGUAUAUGUACAGAAUGUAUAUGUAUAUUGUCGAGCAUAAAAUGCAAUAAUUUCCGCGAAUAUACAUGUAACUAGUCCAUAGAAAUCCAUGCUCCGCAGAAUCAUUACGACUUCUGUUACGCUCGCCCUGUUUAAGGCGUACCAAGUGCUCUCGAGUUUGCGCUCUAUAUAUACUGUGAUGUUUGUACAUUGUUCACGCCCUCAUUUUCACUGAUGUUUUAUAUAAUUUGUACUUCUGUGGAGAAACAACUUUUUAACAUGUUUAAAUCUUCACUUGGUGGUAUUGAUCCAUACCUUAAUCAAGGUUUACGGUAGGCAAAUCAUCCUCAAGCUUUUUAGUGUAUACCGAAGGAAAUUGCAUUGUACAUAUUGUGUUGGUGCUUAAAAUCAUGAAAAGGCUAAGAAGAAGUAUUUUAUUAAAACGUUUUCGAUGCAAGGCAUUAUAACUAAUGAUUUUGAUAAGUUUUUUAAUGGAAGACAGGGGCCGUUAACAGAAUCAUGUAGUAGAUGUUUAUUAGUUUGAGACCAGUUUCAUAAAUUCUUAGACUAUUACGUCCCCGGAUUUAUGCUUAUGCCAUCUUUGUUUUGCUAAUUAAUCAUUGUUUUAAAAUGCAUGGGGUGGUCGUAUGGCACAUUGGUAAUACUUGCCUCUCACCUAGGCGACCUGAGUUCGAUUCCCCUUUCAUAUGUGAAAAUGGAUUUGAUCAAUUGCCCGAUCACAUAGGUUUAAUUUUCUCUGGGUUCUCCUGUUUUCUUUCAAAAUAGAACGCCUACACGUAACAUGUGUUAUUAAUAUACAUGUAGAUUGUAAUUGGUAAAACCUGCUUAGCAUUUGUUGUAAAAUAAAUAAGUUUACAUUUUACAACUGCACAUUAAAAUUCUGAAAUUGUGAUGGAUUUACAUGAAUGUAUUGCAAAAUUACCCUACAAAAUCGUAUCGGAUAACUGAGUAAACAUGCUAGACGACUACAAUGUGGGAUAACUGGAGUACAUGUAUGUUGAUUUUGUGGUUUCAUGUAACACUCGCCACGGGGGAAUCUUGUUGGUUCUGUAAUUCCUGCGGUCUGGUUUAGUGUUCGUAUACUAAAUGCAUGAGCUUUGUAUUUUGCUUGCUUAAAUAGGAGACAUAUAUACAUGGAAGUACUAACAGGUGUAUAGUUUCCUAUAAUUGUAUGGUGCUAGUUUCAUAUUCCAUUCGCUUUGUAUUGAUCAGUAAAUUAAAUUGGUGUGGCUCGUAGCAUAAAGGCGUUGUAUUGAUUUUCCCUGACGAAUCUCUCCUUAUUACGUGGAAAAGAGGGAGCAAAACUGCCAUACUUAACAGUUGAAGUCAGAUUUUUAAUGUGAUUUAUUGAAUAUUUUAAAGCGUUAUGUUAAUAUGAUUAUAUUCACACUUGUAUACACUUGUAUAUAUAUAGACGUGUAUUUAUGUUUGUACAUCAUUACGUUAGGAUCGCAUUUCAUAUUCGAAAUUCAAAAGCUCCGCUCUCGAUAUUCGCUUAUAAUGAAUAGAAAAACUUUGUUCAGAUUAUAAAUUUUUUCUCAAACUGUAUUUAUUUACCGUUUUCGAAUGCAACACAUUACAGAAACCAGAGUAUGAUAGAUUAUAAAAAACGGAUAUUUUCUCUGAUGUUUUGUUAUCAGUACACAUUUUUAUUAAAUAGUUGGUUAAUUGAGACUGUUCUUUCUAUUACACAGUACAUGGUUAUCCUCUUAUAAAGAGGGGUUUUAUUUACAGCUUCAGAAUCUAAUAACUCCGCUUUCUAUAGACAUAUUUUCUCAGCAACCUGAAAGUGUGUUAUGGCAGAAUCGAAGGCAGAGUUACCACACCGCCUAGGUGUGGAAACGACUGGACUAUUUAGAAACUAUUUUGGUACUAGUCUUGAGCCCUCACUUUUGCCGUGAUGCACAUUGGCAUUGGUAUUGAAAGAGUCAACGAAAACGUGAAGCUCGUUAAUAAAAUAUUUGGCACGGAUUAUGAAGAUGUCACUUUAAGACAGAGAACAUGUCAUGUUUCAAAUUUUAAAGAUUUUUGUCAUGUCUUUCAAAUUACAGGUGAAUAUCCUAGCUCAAUGAUAAAAAGAUGCAAAAACUGUACAGAACUUAAUAGUACAUGUAUAUACCCCUCUCCUGAACAAUGUACAGAGCUUAAGUACCUUAAAUCUGUACAGAACGUAGUAGAUACCCAUUCUCCUGAACAAUGUACAGAGCUAUGUAGAUACCCACUUACCUUAAAUCUGUACAGAACUUAGUAUAUACCCAUUCUCCUUAAAAUGUACAGAGCUUAUUUACCCUUUAUCAUUAAAUCUGUACGGAACUUAGUAUAUACCCAUUCUCCUUAAAAUGUACAGAGCUUAUUUACCCAUUAUCAUUAAAUCUGUACAGAACGUAGUAGACAUCCAUUAACAUUCAAAGCCUUGUAUUGUUUUAGUAUUGUUAUGUUAUUUGUUAGAUCUUGUUUUACAUAAAAUAUUAAAAAUAUGACAAUG